UUCACAUGGCUCGUUUUCUUGAACGAAAAAUGGGUCCCAUUCGACGCACCCAACCAACUCAAGCUCGAACAAACUUUGACAUUGGGUGGUACCUUUGUUGACGUUUCGGACUCGCAUUUUCCAAACGUGAAACGAGUACGCGUGUUUCCAAAGAACAAUUAUCUUUCGUACCUUGGCGUCAAGUAUCGAUUGUCUCGCAUCAUGCAGCCCGAUGCCUGGUUGGAUCAUGCCAAUCUU